GCAAAAAUUUCAGAACUGUUUCUUUUUAGAGAAAGUAUAUUCAGUCCUAAACCACGUAUGCAGAUCUCAUCCUGCUCAGGAUCUGCCGCGUACAGGUAGGAAAUACAACAGCUUUAGAGCAAGCCGUGAAAUGUGAGAACAGUCAGUACUUUCCGGGCAAACCUGUCUUGAAGACAUACCUUUGAGUCGACCUCUGCUCCCGUCAGUCUGCUAUGCACAGCCGUGAUGUUCCGUGUGUGUGAUGACAUCUACAAGUUCUGUGGUAGACUCUCCCAUUCUUCUGUAGCUGUGAAUCUGAUGGGUUAUCACCCAGCUCAGCGUCAGGAGAAGUGGGUGUGGCCGUUCGGGCCAGGGCCGCGGCAGCUAGAAUGUGGUUGGCAGUCUCCUCCCCUUCCUGCACUUGAGCUCUUCACAGUGUGCGCUCUGGAAUGACAGGCAUUCCUGUGUGAAGAGAGCCAGUGUGAAGACAUAUUUGUAAGAACCACAAGUGCCCAGGCCGGGAUACAGGGAACAGAAACCCCAGCAAAUGAACUGACCUCAUGCUCUUUCCUGACGUUUGGCGGUGACACUGAGAGAGGAAUGCAUGUCUCUUCUUUACGUGGAUUUAUCUCUUAAGUUUUCUUCAGUCCGGGACAGUUUGUUGUCGUGAGACGCAUCAGACAAUUUAAUCAUGGGGCAAGCUGACGUCUCCAGACCGGUAAAUCCAGAUGCAGUCGAAGAAGCAGGCCAGCCCACCACAGACCCAGGCAUGGUCAUGGACAGUGUGGAAGCAGGAGACACAACGCCUCCCACCAAAAGGAAGAGCAAGUUCUCAGGCUUUGGCAAAAUCUUCAAGCCCUGGAAGUGGCGGAAAAAAAAAAGUAGUGAUAAAUUCAAAGAGACGUCAGAAGUUUUAGAGCGGAAAAUAUCGAUGCGAAAACCAAGAGAAGAGCUGGUUAAAAGAGGGGUUCUGUUGGAAGACUCUGAGCAGGGUGGUGAGGAUCCAGGGAAAUUGAACCAUGCCAUGUUAAAGAAUGGCCAUACCACCCCCAUAGGGAGUCCCACAUCUUCUAGUCCAGUCCAAGCAGAGGAAGAGUCAGGAAGAAUAGCAAGUCUUAGGAAACCGGUUCCAGAAGAGGAACCAAAGAAGCGACUAGGCUCAGCUGGAAGCCAGCCUAAUUCUGAAGCAGAGUCCGUUGCUGAGAAUGCACCCAAACAGCCUUUACUUCCGCCUAAAAGACCCUUGUCCUCUUCUCAUGAAGCAAACGAAGGGCAAGCGAAGGACGCCACUUCCUGUGGCGGCGCGGCCAGAUCCAUCUCCUCCACCGCCUCCACCUCAGCACCUGCCGCCACCACUGCCGCCACCAAGCCAGCAAAAACUGUUGGCUCCUCUGUCCCCCCCGCCCCAGCACCCAGGACUCUGCCUGCCGCCCCCACCAGCACUGACACUACGGCUACCCCGAGCCCCACCCAUACGGUCUCUGCCCGGCAGCCUCCUGUCCCUCCCCCUAAACCAGCUCACAGAAAUAGCAACCCCGUCAUCGCUGAACUGUCCCAAGCAAUAAACAGCGGUACAUUGUUAUCCAAACCGUCCCCACCUUUACCACCGAAGAGAGGCAUUCCUUCCACCUUGGCACCCACCUCGGAGUCUGCCGCCACUGCCGCCACCACAAAAGCACCAUCUGAUCAGAGAGAGAAGAGCACAUGCCCUGUGGGCUCGGAACCGCUGCUGCUGAUCCCACCUCCCUCUCCAUCUCCCCCACUGCCUACUCAUAUACCCCCCGAGCCCCCACGGUCCCCUCCAGUUCCUGCCAGGACUUUUCAAGUUGUGCCAGAAACUGAGUUUCCGUCUUCCUUGGACCUGUCCCAGGAGGUUUCCCAGCAGGAAGAUCAGAAAAAGGAAGUGCCCAAGAGGGUGUUGAACCACGGCUUUGGAGAGCCCCAGGUGCCGUGCAGGCUGCCGCCACUCCCGCUGCAUAUCCGAAUCCAGCAGGCCCUAACCAGCCCACUUCCCGUGACUCCUCCCCUGGAGGGCUCGCACAGAGCCCAUUCCUUACUCUUUGAGUACAGCGACAGCUUUUCUGAGGACAGCAGCACCCUGGGUCGGACCAGGUCACUUCCCAUCACUAUUGAAAUGCUGAAAGUUCCAGACGAUGAAGAGGAGGAGGAGCAGACCCCGCCGUCCGCGUUCACCGAAGAUGUGGCAUCUACCUCAGUCGUUCCUACACUACCGCAGUGUCUGCAGGAGGAGGAGGAGGAGGAGAAGGAGAGUGACUCGGAUUCAGAAGGUCCCAUUCAGUACCGAGACGAAGAGGAUGAAGACGAGAGCCAUUACAGUGCUCUGGCCAACAAAGUGAAGAGGAAGGACACACUGGCAAUGAAGCUGAACCACAGACCCAGUGAACCAGAGUUGAACAUGAAUUCCUGGCCUCGGAAAAGCAAAGAGGAGUGGAAUGAAAUACGGCACCAGAUUGGGAACACACUUAUCCGACGACUGAGUCAAAGACCGACACCAGAAGAACUAGAACAGCGGAAUAUACUACAACCUAAAAAUGAAGCUGAUCGGCAGGCAGAAAAACGAGAGAUUAAACGUCGUCUUACUAGAAAGCUCAGUCAGAGGCCAACUGUGGCCGAACUACUUGCCAGGAAGAUCCUGAGGUUUAACGAGUAUGUGGAAGUAACAGAUGCUCAAGAUUAUGACCGGCGAGCUGACAAACCUUGGACCAAACUGACCCCUGCCGACAAGGCCGCCAUAAGGAAAGAAUUAAAUGAAUUUAAAAGCUCAGAGAUGGAGGUUCAUGAAGAAAGCAAACAUUUUACACGGUACCAUCGUCCAUGAUGCUGAAGUCUGAGAGAGCAGCUAGACCCCUCCCCAGAACAGGGCUGCUUGGCUGCCUCGGUCUCCAGAGCGAUGCGGAAGGAACUUCCGCACGCCACGGCCAGGAUUGAGUCCUCGGGGAUGCAGUUCUGGGGCGAACAGCACUUCUAUGAAUGUAGCAUUUCACUGGAAUGGUGGUCAUGUGCUGCUUAGACAGAACUGAACACUUCAUCGUGCUUUUGAACCUUUUAAUACUGCAUCAUACUUGAGGGGUCUUCCUCAGCACCCACCCACACUCUGGGCCACUCGCCGGUUCCAAGUGUCACUCGCCACCCACACCCUCGCCCCAAGAAGGCCGCCUGUGCCGGGGCACAGUCCGCACCAUUCGCCUUACCUGCUCUGUCCUGCUCGGGAGCGGCCCUUGUGUGGCCCCAGCCAUCAAAUCCAACUGGUGGUGGGAAACACCUUCUGGAGGCCCCCAGCCCUCGGGCAGAGGGGCCCCCACCCCAGGGACGCCCCACACCACACUGGCACGUCAGUUGAAAGCAGUGCACUGUACCUCUCGUAACACAGCAAUAAAGUCCUCUUCAGGCAGCGCAGCCUGCGGGGAGCUCGGGGUCUGACAUGUUCCUUUCAGGCACAAGUCAUCCUGAUUUUUAUUUUUUUAAUUAAAAAAAAAAAAAAAAGAUCUUGAAGAAGUGCCGGAAACUUUUGUUUUUCCUGCCUAUUGAACAGUCUGAGCUGCAAUUAGAUUCCGAGUUAAGAAAAUGAGAAAGCAUAUAUAUUUUCUGUAUACAAAGACAAAAACCAAAAAAGGCCUUUAUGUGGAUGCCAGCUUGGCACAAAACUAACUCAUGGCUUAAAUUUUAUAAGCUGUUGUACUUUUGUCACACCAAAUGAUACUCUGAAUCACUCUGACCAAUAGACAACGCGUUCUCCGGCAACUCUAUGGGUGCCGGCCGGCUGCUGCCUCCCGCCAGAGUCCCUGCAGGGUCCCGGGGAAGCGGGGUGCGGGGACCGGGAGAGGACUUUGGAGGCAGGACUGCUCUCCCUCCUGCCCAGUGCUGUCCGCCCUUCCCAGCCGCACUCCCCCUCUUCCCUCCAGACACCUGUCCUCCCGCGGACUCUCUCUGGCACCUUCCACCUCCCUUCUCUGCCAAGCGGUAGCCAAUGUCCUUGGUGCCUGGGCCUUGGCUCAGCCCCACCCCUUUUCGUAUUUGUCAUUUAUGUUAACAUGAUUUCCUAAAACAAAAUUCAUUUCUUUUUUAUUUUGAAAACCAUACUGCCUCACCAGUUCCCUCUAAUUCCUACCCAUGCAAAGUGGAAGAAAAAAAAAUAGUUCCUAUUUACCUGAUGAAUGUGGCCUUUUUCCUCUUGAAUGUUCAGAAAAUUGUGGCCGUUCCACCGAUUUCUUUUGUAGUCCCUGUUCUGUUUUCAUCAUUCACUAGAUUCUUACUCGUUUCCCCCUCAUAUGUCCAUAUAAGAUUUGCUGAAAAAUCAGAAUUCAUAAAGUGAAAACAAAAGACUGAGGUGACCUUAAAAAGGUAGUGUCUUCUCUCUGUACAGGAAAUGGGGAGGUAUUCCGGUCCCUCGGUGACUGUCAGAUGCCUUGCGGCUGUGGAGCUGGAGUGGGGCCACAGCUCCUGGAAGCUCAUUACAUUUGGGGUGACUGCAGGGAGAUGGGUGACAGUUGUACACAGCGGUGAGAGGUCUGUGUAUAAGGUGGCCACGCACACGCCUUCUUCUAACCUCUCUGUUGGUUUGGAGACUUCUGGCUUAUGCUGGCAUUGCUGUGGCUUGCGAUGACAUUUUCAAGCCCUUCUCCUGCUGCCUCACUGUCCCUCAGUGUGCCAAAUGUGAAACAGGAUUUGAUUUCCUGAGCUACUUGUCUGCUUUCUAUGUGCCACCAAGGAUUCUGGUUCAUCUUUCAUCUCAUUCAUGUUCUUUUGAAACAAGAUACUUUGGGGGUCAAGUCCUUUUUGUGUUCCCUUUUUAUGUAAGUAACAAUUCUUAAUCACAAUGUAAAGAAGAAAUAAAAGUCUGAUGUAUUGUACUUUAAGAUGCUUCCCUGAUGUACAGAAUCUCCUUGUAAAGUAAAUAAUUGUGUUGUAUAUCAGUAUUCCUAUCAAUAUUAAUUAUAAAGUAUUUUAGAAUUAAAAAAAGACAAACUAUACUA